UAUGCGAGACGGGGCCCAGCUUUAGACUUACACGAGGGUGUGGGAAGGGAAGUAACUCUGAAUUAAAAACCUACACCGGAAGUUUACCUGUUUACGUUUCUCAGUCGUCCACAUAUUUUGAAACGUCUAAGGUGUAGUGACUGAGUAAAAACUACCAACUAUGUCUCUUGCUGAUGAGCUCCUGGCUGACUUGGAGGAGGGCACAGAGGAUGUGGAACAAGAUGAUGGAGAGAAUGUUGCUGAAGUUGCAGAUGUGGAAGAUGUUGUCAUGGAACCUGAGAUCCAAGCAACACGUGUCACAAGUGUGGCAAAGUUACGUGACAGUCAAGAACUGGCAGACAUUAUGAGCAAUAUCAAGAAAUAUUCAUCACAGUCAAGGAUGGAAAGUGCUGGCCCCUUGGAAGCAAAUCCUGAGUACAAGCUGAUUGUCGAUGCAAAUAACAUGACAGUGGAAAUUGACAAUGAAAUAAAUGUUAUUCACAAGUUUGUGCGAGAUCUUUACUCCAAACGAUUUCCUGAAUUAGAAUCCCUCGUCCAGACACCGAUGGAGUACAUCUCCACUGUCAAAGAACUUGGCAACAAUAUUCUGGAGAUGUCCAAGAACAAUGAAGUUUUGCAGGAGAUUCUCACGUCGGCCACCAUUAUGGUGGUCAGUGUCACGGCCUCGACCACGCAAGGAUCAGUUCUAUCCACUGAAGAGUUUGCUACUGUAAUGGAGGCUUGUGACAUGGCUAUUGAUCUUCACAAGUGCAAGGUCAGCAUCUUUGAGUAUGUAGAGUCCAGGAUGUCCUUCAUCUCCCCAAAUCUGUCCAUCAUUGUUGGGGCCUCAGUAGCAGCUAAACUCAUGGGUGUGGCGGGUGGUCUGACCAACCUGUCCAAGAUGCCGGCUUGUAACAUCCUGGUCCUUGGAUCACAGAAGAAGACUCUGUCUGGCUUCUCCACCACGGCCAUCUUGCCUCACACAGGUUUCAUCUACUACAGUGAGAUUGUACAGAAAACACCGCCGGACCUGCGUAGGAAGGCAGCGAGACUGGUGUCCUCUAAAUGUACUCUGGCAGCCCGGGUUGACAGUUUCCAUGAGAGUCUGGAUGGCACCGUAGGGGAUGCUCUGCUGGCUGAGAUUGAACAGAAGUUGGACAAGAUGACCGAGCCGCCCCCAGUCAAGUUUGUAAAGCCACUCCCAGCUCCGAUUGAUCCAGGGCGCAAGAAGAGAGGAGGCCGGAGAGCACGGAAGAUGAAGGAGAGACUGGGACUGACUGAGAUGAGGAAACAGACGAACCGAAUGAACUUUGGGGAGAUUGAAGAAGAUGCCUACCAAGAUGACCUUGGUUUCUCUCUGGGAUCCCUGGGUAAAUCAGCGUCAGGGAAGAUCCGAGGUCCACCUGUCGAUGCCAAGACUAAAGCCAGGAUAUCCAAGACACUGCAGCAAAAGUUGAGCAAGCAGUCCAACACAGUGUGGGGAGGCAGCACGACCGUGAAGAAACAGGUGGCAGGAACAGCCUCCAGUGUGGCCUUCACACCUCUACAGGGCUUGGAGAUUGUUAACCCACAGGCAGCGGAGAAGAAGGUCCAGGAGGCCAACCAGAAGUAUUUCUCAACGACUGGAUCAUUCUUUAAAGUUAAAACUGAGGGGACAUGAUUCUGCUAGAAAUCUUCAGCUCUGUACAAACCAGGGCACCGUAACAACAGGCAUUUGUUGACUGUUGUAAACCUAUGUUAUCACUAGCAUUAAACGCUACAGUCUGGAAAAGGUCUUCAUCGGGAAGUUAGCUUCAACAUGAAAGUGAAAGGACAUAUCAUGUGACUCAAAUCUGAAAAGAAUAAUGUAAGAAGAUUAUUCAUAUUUGAGGACUGAAUCUUCAGUUUGUAAAUAUAAAUCUUAGCAGCUUUAGAAACUUUUGUAGAGUUACCAUUGUUACUGGUCAGUUUGAUCCAAAGACAGACAAUGUCAGGAAGUAUUGAGGCAGUGAUGUCUCAUAGCUUAAAUACGCCUUUGUUGAUAUAUUUAGGGGCCAUGAUGACUCAGUAACGUGGUAUUUUGUCUGGGAAGUAUGGAUAUGUGCCAGUGGUUCACAGGCCAUCAACAUGACAAGGUUUUGUUGUUCUUGCUGUAUCAUGCCUUCUAAGGUGUACAUACCUGACUUGUGUCACAGAUGAACAGGAAUAAAUGUAGACUUGUCAAA